AUGACAUUUACCAGUACUGAACUGAAUUGUCUCAUUUGGAAAUAUCUGCAAGAAGCAGGUUUUUCCCACACUGCUUUCAUAUUUUCUAAAGAAUCUCAUUUGGAUGCGUCCCAAAUCAACACGGAACAUAUAAUUAGUGGAGCCCUCCCAACUCUAGUUCAAAAGGGUCUUUUUUAUACCGAAGCAGAGCUAUGCACAGCGUUGUCUGAUGAAAACGAAAAAGCCUCUGUGCCUACAUUAAGUUUAAUAGAAGCAGUUACUUGUGAUAUUACUGAAAAAAAAAAACGUGAAAAGGAAUCUGAAGAAAAAGCUAUAGUUGUUCAAGAAGAAACACCGGUGGUUAAAGCAGACUCCCCUGUACCUGCUGCAUGUAGUCCCAAGAUAGAGUGGGGAAAAAAAACAAGAAAUCGGAAUGAACGCAUUCAAACUUUCAGCAAGAAUGAAGUCAGAUUUUUGAAAUCCCAUGCUAGCGAAGUCUUUAUUUGUGCAUGGAAUCCAAAAAACGAACUAUUAGCGUCUGGUUCUGGUGACGCUACUGUCAAAUUAUGGGAUCUCACUCAGACUCAUGAUUUAUCAGUUCAAGAUCAAUAUUUCUCUUCUAACACUACAGUAUUAAAACAUAGUUCAGAAGAUGUGGAUUACAAUCCUAAAAACAAGGAUGUAACCAGUAUGGAUUGGAACCCUUGCGGGGAUCACAUAGCUACAGGAUGCUAUGACGGCUAUGCUCGUAUUUGGAAUUCAAAAGGGCAUUUGAGAUGCGUUCUUGGUAAGCACAAUGGACCUAUCUUUGCCCUAAAAUGGAAUGCUCGGGGAGACUAUGUACUCUCUGCCGGAGUUGAUAAAACCACUGCUAUAUGGGAUGCUUUCAAAGGUUGUCCCAUACAACAUUUCACAUUCCAUGAGCAAUCAGCUUUGGAUGUAGAUUGGAUUACAAAUGAAAUGUUCGCCUCAUGCUCAACUGAUAGAACAAUUAUAAAAUGCCAACUUGGUAGCGAAGUACCUCUUCUCACUUUAACGGGUCACAGAGGAGAGGUGAAUGCUAUUAGAUACGAUCCUAUAUCAGGACGGCUAGCGUCUUGUUCAGACGAUAAAGCCAUCAAGAUAUGGGAUAUAGAUGAAGGAUAUUCAUUGAAAAGCUGGGAAGGACACGAAAAGGAAAUUUAUACCAUACGUUGGAGUCCCAACGGACGGAUCUUGGCAAGUGCUUCCUUUGAUCACACAGUUAGGCUAUGGAACAUCGCGGAUUCGGAUGCUUAUCAAAUUCUUAGUAAGCAUACUGAUCCAGUGUAUUCAGUGUCUUUCUCUCCUGAUGGUCGUUACGUUGCCACAGGAUGUUUUGAUCGAAGCAUAUAUGUUUGGGAUGUGCAGUCUGGAAAACAAGUGAUAACAUACAACGGAGAUAAAGACGAGGGUGGCAUAUUUGAUGUUAAUUGGAAUAAUACCGGUGAAAAAAUUGCCGGUGCAGCCAGUGAUGGAACGAUAAUCCUGUUAGAUACUCGGUGCAUUCGACAGUAA